UAUCAGCUGACUUUAAAUCAGCUGACAACAGUUACAGUUUUUGCUAGAAUAUAUUUAAGCUACGUUUAACAGCCGCUGGAGCUAAAUAUUUGCAAACUCAUAUAUGAUAAAUUGCAUGUAAAUAUCUCGUGAAUAUCUAUCUCGUUGAAAAGAGGUUGAAAGCUAGCUAAGCAAACUCAUUCAACCCUAACCAACUGCUAAACAAACAUUGCACGUAUUGUCGAGGUUUAACUAUUAGCUUUUUUGUGUAUUAACCCGUAACUAUGGACAAGAUCGCCAAAGAUGUUGGUGAUAUUCAGUCUAGGCUAAUAGACCAUAGGCCUGUUGUACAAGGGGAGAUCCGCUACUUUGUGAGAGAAUUUGAGGAGAAACGUGGAUUUAGAGAGAGCCGUUUGCUGGACAACUUGAACAAAAUGGUAGUGGAGACCAACGAGCAGAUGUUGCCCAAGUGUUCAGAGCACAUGCAUCAGCACCUCUAUGAGGCCCUCACACGAUUGGAGGCUGCGAAUCACAUGUCACAGAGGAUCCAGCAGAGGGCGCUAGAAGCACAGCAGAGCACCCAGCUGCAAGUGACCAUAGACAGACGGAAGGAGGACUGGGAUGAGUUUCUGAAGGAGCAGCUUCGUCUGAAGGAGGAGGUAGACGAGGAGCACGCCAAGGCUGUCGGACGCCUCAGCGUCAUGUACAGCGAGAUGAAGAAGGAUUUGGCCAAGUUCUCCCGCUUCUGAUCCUCGGUGUGUGUACGUCCACGUGUGUCUGUAUCACAGGAGGUUGGUGGCACCUUAAUUGGGGCGGACGGGCUUGUAGUUAUGGCUGGAACGGAAAAGGUGGAAUGGUAUCAAACACAUGUUUGAUGCCAUUCCAUUCGCUCUGUUCCGGCCAUUAUUAUGAGCCGUCCUCCCCUCGGCAGCCUCCUGUGGUCUGUAUGCUUGUGUGAAAUGAAGGUAUUGCCUUUGAUUGAUGCGGUACUUAGUCAUUGGCACUAACAGAGGACUUCUGAGCACUAGUGCUGCACAAAAGUCAACAUUUUCCAGAUCACAAGUAAGAAAGUGUGAUUAACAACGUGGCAUUUUCACAGCCCAUCCAAAUUAACAUUUUCUGUUCUAAGCACAUGGAAUAUGUAAACUUCUGAAAAAGGUCAUUUCUAAACCAGCAAUAACAUGAUUUUUCCUUGGCUGUGAAGCUUUUAACAUUUUGAGAUUUAUUAUGGAAUCAUGCUUGGAGGUGUGGAUAGAUUUUUGUUUGCCUCAAGCCGAAUAAGAAAAGUGACUGGGAUUUGGCACAGAGAUUAGAUAUUUAAAGCUACGUGAAAAUGUUUAAUGUCAGAAGCGCUACUCAAAGCUGGGUCAACAUCUCAAACUUUACUCACUGAGCAGUUUCCCCAACUAGGCAUCCCUCACCAACUCUUCAGAAUAGAGAACAGUCAACCUCUGACAUCAAGUACAACAAGCAACCUCUCAAAAUACAUACAUUUAAAAAUGGCUUCACUGAAGCCAGCUCAAACUGUCAAUUGUAGACAUUAUUUAGUGGUGUUUCCUCAGGCCUGUUAUGUACCCUUGUUAAAUGGAGAGGUAGACUUGUAGUGCUUCGUGAAGGUUUAUUAGUCUUAUGUACGGAAUACACAUUGUCCAAUGAAUGCUUACUUGCAAGUUCCUUCUCGACAAUGCAAGUGUUGUGUUUAGAGAAAGUAUUUUCACUGGACAAUGGCAGGCUGUUUAGACUGAUGGAUGGAUGGGCACCCUGACAUAUCCUGUUCCCAGCAGGUCAGGAAUGUAUCUCAGGUCGAAAGUGACAGAAUAAGUAUUUAAAAUGGCUGUCAUCAACACAGAAUGGAUCCCUUACUCAAGACUUAAUUGUUGCGUGGGGGAUGCUGACCUCAUCAAUCAGUAUAAGUAAAAUAAAGCGUUGCUAAACUCUG